AUGCGGGUCCUCUGCCUUCAUGGCCGAGGCACGAGUGCCGCCAUCUUCAAGUCGCAGACAGCAGCGAUGCGGGCCAAGCUGGACAGUUCGUUCGUCUUUGAAUUUGUCGACGGGCCGUUUCGCUGCACGCCAGCCCCGGGUAUCGACACGCUCUUUGAUUCGGGCACCUUUGCCUGGUGGCCGCAGGAGUCCGUCAUGGGCAUCCGUGCCGCCCACUUAUGGCUGGACGAAUACAUGGCCGCUCAUGGGCCCUACGACGCUCUCAUGGGCUUCUCGCAAGGUUGCAUUCUCAUCGGCAGCUACCUAACCAGCUGGGCCCGCGAUCAUCCACAGCAAAAACCACGACCGCCACCCUUUCGCGCCGCCAUCUUCGUCUGCGGUGGCAUGGCCGUGUCCUGGAUGGAGGAGCUCGGCCUCACGGUGUCGCCGCGGGCCCGCGAUAUUGAUCAGCGCUCCGUCCAGUCGCUGCAUCGCAAGGCCGGCCGUCUGCGCGAGCUGGCCGCCAAUCCGGACCUGAUCCAGCGCGGCGUCGGUCUCUGGGACGACACCACCGACCUCGUUCACUCGCCCGGAUCACUACUGCCGCAGGGCGAUCACGACGUCUUCGGCCUCGACUUCGCCUCUUUCCCAUCCGUCGUCUUCAUUCAAAUCCCCACCGUACACAUCUACGGCAGCAAGGACCCGCGGCUGCCGAGCAGCGUCCAGCUGGCUCACUUCUGCAAGAUCCGCGAGAUGUACGACCACGGCGGUGGCCACGACAUCCCUCGGUCCAGUUCCGUGUCCUUGCAUAUCGCUGGCAUGAUCACCCGCCUCGCCGAUGAGAUCGACAAGCAGAAGGCUCAGCCUGUUGCCACCACCGGCACAUAA